CGAGGAGCCGCCGCGGGCCGCCUCGGCCGCGGCCGCGGCGCCGACGCCGCUGGGCUUCCGGGCGGGCCCGUCCAGGGGGUGGCCGCAGCGGCCGCACUCGCCCCGGCCGAGCGGGCGGGCGCCAGCGGGCCUGGGCGCGGGCACGCCGUCGUCGCCGUCGGCGGCGGAGCGGGAGAUCGCGUUCGCGCUGCACCAGGACCAGCUGCUGCGCUCGUCGCUGCAGGCGACCGACCGGGAGAUCGCCACACAGACUUCCGACGUCUCGGACGGGUCUGAGGCCACGCCCUCUUCGGAGGCUUCCAUCCCUGGCAGGUCCGCGGGCUGACGGGGGUGCAUCCAGAUGGUGGCGUGAUGAGCCCAAGUCCCUAGAUGGCGUUCUCUGCAGACUAGGUCGCAUUCCUUUCCCCUCCCUUCCCACGCCAGCGACCAA